UCCUCUGUCCAGCCCUAGAUUUUGUCCACUGGUCAUCAGAAUACUCCCUCUGGAAUAACAUUAAUAUUAACUUCAGAAAAAUCAACUCUGUUAUUGUGCUAUAAUGAAGUAUGUAGAGAUAUACCAGCAAGCCAUUCUUCUAGCUGUGACACAUAUCUCCCUACUUCUAGCAGACUAUGCUCCUUACUUCUAUGACAAUGCACCAAACAGCACCAAUGGGAACAUGGCUAUGUUGAGCAUUCCUGAGGAUACGCCUAUAGGAUCACAUCUGUACACUUUAAAUGGCACAGAUCCAGAGGGAAAUUCAGUCACUUACCACAUGACCUUUGAACCUGGAACAAAACAAUAUUUUGCAGUGGAACCACAAACAGGAGAUGUCACUUUGGUGGAGGAGCUGGACAGAGAGAAAGAAGAUGAAAUUGAAGUACUUGUUGGUAUUUCUGAUAGUGUGAAUAAAGUUGUCGAGAAGGUUCGAAUACUUGUAACAGAUGCCAAUGAUGAGUGCCCAGAGUUCAUUAAUAGACCCUAUAUCAUUAAUAUCCCUGAGGACACCCCUUCGGGGACCAGCAUAUUCAAGGUGCAGGCAGUGGACAAAGACAAUGGAUCUGGAGGCAGUGUCACUUACUUUCUGCAGAAUAUGCAUAAGAACAAGUUUUCAAUCGAUCGAUACAGUGGGGUCCUUCGUCUAAAAUCAAGUGUAACUCUGGAUUUUGAGAAGUCUACGACCCACUUUGUUACUGUUAAAGCCAAGGAUGGAGGUGGCAAGUUGAGAGGAAUGCAUCGAAUUUGCUCUUCCUCAACCACUGUAACAAUCAAUGUUUUGGAUAUUCAGGACACUCCUCCCAUAUUUUCUGGCACACCAUAUUUUGGAUACGUGUAUGAAGAUACCGAACCUGGUUCAGAAAUAUUUACUGUGAUGGCCUAUGAUGGAGACCGUGGGAACCCCAAUCCAAUCCGUUACACUAUUGCACACGGAAACGAUGGAUCUUUUGAUAUUAAUAGCACAACUGGGGCUAUUACUCUCCUUCGAACCACAGAGUUUCUUCAGAAGGACAUUUACAAACUUCUAAUUCAGGCCUCAGAGGUUAAUCCGGAUGUUGAUGCACAAACGUUUAUGACAGCUAUGGUCACAAUCCAAGUGGUGGAUCUCAACAAUCAUCGCCCCACUUUUUAUGGUGAGAAUGGUCCCCAGUCACAAUUUGAGAUCACAAUGCAUGAACAUCCCCCGGAAGGAGAGAUACUGCGCGGACUGAAAAUAACAGUAAAUGACUCUGAUCAGGGAACAAAUGCACAAUUCAACCUCAGGCUAGAGGGCCCCGAUGGUAUUUUCCGCAUUAUUCCCCAAAUUAUCAUCAAUGAGGCACAAGUCACAAUAAUAGUGGAGAACUCGACUGCUAUUGACUAUGAAAUAAUCCAAUUGUUUCGUUUUAAGCUCCUUGCUAUUGAAUCAGACACUCCAGAAAAGUUUAGUUCCACGGCUGACAUUAUCAUUCAGCUGCUGGACACAAACGACAAUAUUCCUAAAUUCACUUCCGAGUUCUACAUUGCACGGAUUCCAGAAAACUCUCCUGGGGGUUCUCCUGUUAUAUGUGUUACGGCAAAUGAUGCCGACUCAGAAAUGUGGGGAGAUGUGAAGUAUUCCAUAUAUGGAACAGGAGCUGAUCUAUUUCUGAUUCACCCAACUACGGGGAUUAUAUACACUCAGCCUUGGGCUGUGCUGGAUGCUGAGGUACAAUCUAGAUACAAUUUUCACAUCAAAGCGGCAGAUGUGGAAGGAAAGCAUAGCUUGGCUGAAGUCUUUGUAACAGUUCUAGAUGUCAAUGAUCACUACCCAGAAUUUAGUGAGGGGAUUUUGGAGAAAGUUAUGAUCAUUGGAUUGCCUGUGAAAGUCGAGGCCAAAGAUGAAGAUGCAGAAGAACCGAAUAAUAUUGUAGAUUACUCAAUAAUGCAAGCAGAUCCUGCAAAUGUUUUUGACAUUAAUCAAGCCACAGGGGAGAUUGUGCUGAAGUCCUACAUCAAAUCUCUGGAGGUCAUUCACAACAUCACCAGAAACAAAGACUGUCAGUGGUCACUAGUGGUGCUAGCUAAGGACAGAGGCUCUCCUUCCUUCAGCACAACAGCAGUUGUGAGGAUCGACAUUACAGAGGAGACUUCAGGCAAAGGGCACAUGGCAGACUUUUUGUUGCAAUCUAAAGAUAAUCCUAUGAAAACCCUAGGAGUGCUAGCUGGCAUAGUUUGUUUUUUUGUGAUGCUGACAAUUUUAAUUUCGACAAUCUUAUUUUGGCGGAACAAAAAGUCCAACAGAGUUGGCCCAGUGAGGCGUAUCAUAAAGAAAAGGCCACGCCAUAGAUCAAAGACUCGCAGAUCUAAAUGGUUUCAAAAUAAGAAAUCAGGCAAAAGAAACAUUGGUUUCACAGCUUCUGAAGCCAACCACCAUUUGCAAGAUGUGAGCACUAAAUGUAACCGUCCACCACUUCUGUUGCCAUGUGCACCUUUGCUUCCUCCUCAACCUUUCAUACUCCCGACCAGUCUCAACAAGCCAGAUUGGGUCCUGCCGACAGUGUCGGGAUCACUCAGCUCCAAGGGGUCCCAUAUCCCACAACAGGCAAAAUGCAAGAUGUCGAACAUCAACAGUGCCCUGGUGUCAGAGCUUAAACAACGAUUCGAACAGAAAAAGAAUGAAGAUGCUUCUAAGCUAUAUUUAUGAAAUAUCCGUGCUAUUAUAAAGUACUUAAAAUAAUGUGAUUGAAGUGCUACAUGGGAAGGUUUCUAAUCAUGUCAGAAGCGUUGAUUUUCUACAUUGUGCAAAGUUUAAAAGUUCCACAGGUUAUAAAGGCACAAAAUCUGCGUGCCUAUCUAUGUGUUCUACUCUCUGAAUCAGAUUACUGCAGCCUCCUGCAGAACAGGGAAUUCAACUUUGACAUGUGCUGACUGUUUCACAUGCUGCCCCAACAGAUGCAUGGCUAUUGAGUAGUGAGAGAUUGGGGGUCUGAGAGAGGAGAGUGUCAAAGGGGGGGAAAUGUGGGUGAGACCAGAAUAUUCAGUAAAGUGGAACUCAGUCAGAAGUGCACUUUGCAGCUACACCACCACCAUCACAUAUUAGAUAUUAUAAUCCUUCUUUUAAUCCCCAAAUAUUGAUCUAAUUCAUGAAUGGAGACAGUAAUUUUCAAACAUUGAUUCAGAAUACCAAGGAAUGGCAUCAUAUUAAACGUUUGCUUGAAGAAAUGUUGAGUAACCUGCAUUUUAAUUUAAAGCAUUCCACUCUUUUAAAGCUACUGAAGGCAAAUGGAUCCCCCUGCUGGGGAAUACUUGAGAAAAACACUACAGCACACUCUUAAUUAAAAAGGAGUAAAAUGUUUUUGGACUGCAAGAAGAUGUACCUUGUUUCAAUUGCAGAGAUUUCGUUCAAAUUGGCAAUAUUAACCUAAAUGUCUGAUGAUGUAAUGCAAUUGAGUAUAAGUGUGUAUUGUGAAAAUAUACUUGAUCCACUUUCUAGAAUACUGACCAUGCAAUGUUAAGAAAAUGAAAUAUCAGUGAUAGCAUGUGAUAAAUUAAUGCAUUAAAGUUUAAGGGUGGGUGUAUAACCAUGAUCUUAUUAAAUGCAGGACAGGUAUUAAGGGUGCUAAAUGGUUUCACGUUCUUAUUGCCAACCAGAAAAAGACUCUGAGGUAGAUUUAAGCAAAAGUUAACAUCUAAAUUUGCACCACAAGGUACUGAUGUACAAAUGCUUUAUGUGCUCAUUCAAAAUUCCUUCAACUUUAGUGGACACACGUUCAAAGAUUAACCUAUUUAUUAAAACAGGACAAGGAAAUGUUUAUUACAAACUUUCUAGGCAAUCCAUGCUAGUCCACAUAGGCAUUUCAUGGCCAAGCUAAGAUGUAGGUAUAAUGGAGCAUACCUUCCAGUCUAAAUUAUCACUUGUAUCUCCCAGUUCUAGUUUAGAUAGGUUUGGUAAUUUGUGCCUAUAUAGUUAAGUGUAGCAUCAGUAAGUUGGUAGAAGAUUAAAGAAAAUAUUUUUAAUCUAUUAUUGUACAGACAGUGUGUUAAAAUGGAAGGAAGAAUGGAGAGAAUCUAAUUAAAAACAUUUAUCAUUUCUGGCUUAUCUGCAAUCAUUAUCGAGGGAAAUAGCAGAGAAACUAGAUUUUUUGAUACGACCAUUGGCGAAGAGAGGGAUUCAUAUUUUUGGCAUGUCUUAAAAUUGGAAUAAUGAUGAAUGUGCAUAAUAGGUUCACCUCAUCCAUACUGUGGUUGAAAAUAUGUAGGUCUCAUGUCAAACUCCCUCCCUCUUUUCCCUAUCUAGUUGAUACUACUACCAAAGGUCAUGGGCAAUAAAACUGAGAUAUUAAGAGAAAGCAGAAAUGAGAAAUGAGUUUAGUACAUUUCUUGUGAACAUGUGAUAACCAUGUUGAUUUGUACUUCAAAUUGUUUUUAUAAAUAAAGUUUGUGUACUGAAGAAUUCUGAUGUCUUAGUUCAUGUGCUUUUUUAAAAAAAUUGUUUCACAGGAUGUGGCCAUCCCUGCCUAGGGCAAUAUUUGUCGUCAUUCUCCGAUUGCCCUUGAAAUGAUGGUGGUGAUUGCCUUCUUGAACCUCUGCAGUUUAUGUAACACUAUGUGUUUUGCAAUUUUAGUUUGUGGCUACAACUGGUUGGCUGCUGAAUAUAAAACCAUUUGAAAAGCCUACCUUACUCGAAAGUCAUUUUGGGUAUAUUCUGUCAACAUCAAAUUUAUUACAACUUGGAUUAGAGGAAUGUAUUGGUAAUCAACGCGUUUUAUACCACAAAUUGUUCCAUUAGUGCAAAUGUUGUGAUUCAAUCACCAAAACUACCAAUUGUUUCUCUUUAGUAAUGCUAUCCAGAAUGACAGGGACUACUU